AUGCGCACCAUCUCUUUCUCUACUUCAUUUUUUCUGUUCACCAUCAUUUUUCAUUCAUGUUUGCAUCACGAGGUGGCUAGUUAUGAUCCAUUGAUUGGGACAAACAGGGAAACAUUGGAAAUAAUCAUUGGUGGGGGUGGGGAAGCUGCUGCUCCGCCUGAAUCCGAAUAUCCACCCGAACCUCCAUGUAAGUUCUGGAGUGCAAGCGGUUGCUUUGAAAACGCGCGACUUGCAAAAGCUUACGACGUGAUCCAAAAGUUCAAGGAGAAAAUCAAAGUUGAUGCUAAUAGCAUCCAAUACAUAAAGACAUGGGAAGGCAACGACGUUUGCCACUACAAAGGCUUCAAAUGUGACACUCGUCCUGACGUUAAGGAAAAAGCAGUUGCUGCAGUUGACUUCAAUGGUGCUAAAUUUGCUGGGUGUAAUGGCUCCCUUCCCCUUGAUGGUUUCAUUGAUGAGUUAGACGAUCUAGCCAUAUUCCAUGCCAACUCUAACAACUUCACUGGAACAGUACCAUCUGGAGUAUCAAAAAUUAAAUAUUUGUAUGAGCUUGACCUUAGCAACAACAAGAUGGUUGGUAAUUUCCCCAUGAAAGUUCUUGGUGCCAGUAAUCUAACCUUUCUGGACUUAAGGUACAAUUCGAUUAUAGGGGUCCUUCCACCACAAGUGUUCAACUUAACUCUUGACGUGCUCUUCAUCAACAACAACAACUUCGGACAAGCUAGGCUUCCUGAUAAUCUUGGUGACACGCCAGUCCUAUAUCUCACCUUUGCCAACAACAAGUUCACUGGUCCAAUCCCACCAAGCAUUGGCAGAGCUCCUAACCUGCUGGAAGUGCUUUUCAUCAAUAACAAACUUAAAGGGUGCUUGCCAUAUGAGAUUGGGAACCUGAGUCAAGCCACUGUGUUUGAUGUAAGCUCCAACGAGUUAACAGGCCCUAUACCAUACUCGUUUGGGUGCUUGAAAAAGAUUCAGAUACUCAAUUUGGCCAACAACAAGUUCUAUGGGGAAGUACCGGAGAUAGUCUGCCAGCUCCCUAAGCUCGAAAACUUCUCUUUAUCAAACAACUAUUUCACUUGGGUUGGCCCCGCUUGCAGGAAUUUGAUAUUGAAAAAGAAACUUGAUGUCAGGAAUAACUGCAUUUGGGAUCUGCCGUCCCAAAGGCCAAAAGCUAAGUGUGAUGCAUUUUUCUCAAAAAAUAAGUACUAUUGCGAGAGGAAGGAAUCAUUUAUGUGGGUUCCUUGCAAAAAAGAUGGUUAUUAUUCCAAUUCCGCUGAGAAAUCUAAUCAAGAAUCGACUGCCCCUGGCCCAUCCCCCAGAACUUAUAGCACUCUCAUUCCUCAUCAUCGGUUGUGAUUGCCAUUAUGCUGUAGAUAACCUCAUCAAGAAAAU